ACUGCCCAGAGCAGGUGCAGGCGCCGUCUCUCUGCAGCAUGACGAGGGAGCCUGGCGCCCCACUGCCCAGUGUCCUGCCUGCCCAGGGGAAGCUCUGGGGUGGUUAUGUUGAGCCCAGCCCUGUGUGAGAAGGGGAGAAGUUGGCAGCGAGUCUCAUACAGCAGCUAGCCCCCAGCCUGUCCCCUGGGGAGUGGUCAGGUGUCUCCAGCAGACAAGUCAGACAAAGGCAAUUUUAAGAUGGCAAUGGAGGCCCUGAAGGACUCAGCGACUUCCCCGAGGUCACAGAUAAUUGAACAUCUCCUGGAUCCCAGUCCAGUGCUUUAGGCACAGACCUUCUUUCUCCUCUCAGCCAAACUAAGCCAAACUAACUCCCAAAGCCAAACUCCAGCCUGGACCUAAUCCAGAUCCACCCUCUCCCUGCCCAGCCCAUCUCUAAUUAACAGAUCAGGUGCCGGGAGUGGCCAUGUGCCAUCCCCCCAUUGAGGCCAGUAUUGAAGGACCCUCUCUGGUAGCAGUCAUAGGCAGGUCCUAGCUCCAGAACAGGGGUCUCUGGGCCCAGCUUUCAGACGUCUCUGUGGACAGUGUUUCUGAACGUGCAGUGGCUGGUAAAUGCUCUGGUUUGGUGUUCAGGAGGGAGAUUUCAACACUGUCAGGGAAUUCCCUUCCCAAAGAGCAGCUCUGCCAGGACCCCUCUCUCCACCCUUCAAUAUCCCAGCAGCGUUAGCCUGGGUGCUUCAGCGCAUGGCAAUCAAAGGCUGGAUUACAUGAGGCUUCAAGAGAGAACACAGGACAGCAGCCGCUUCGCUGUGAGAAGUAAAAUUAAUGGUGGGAAAAAACAGUUGAGUCUGCAGAGAGAUGGAAGCAGGAAAUGUCUCUAACACAAUCCACUUCCUUCUGCAAUGGGGGAAGGUCCGAUCUUGAAUGAUAAACUUCUCACUAUCUCUUUGGACAACGGAGAGCUGGCAAAGGCUGCGGUGUUGAAAGGUCGCCCCUCUGACAACAAAAUGGCUCCGUCGACCCCUGUGUCUGGAUUGUCUCUUCCAUGCCUGGUGCUGCUGCUUCUCCUGGAGAUCCCUGGGGCCGGGGCCCAGGAGUUCCAGCUGCUGCAGCCCCAGGGCGCCGUGUCGGUGUCAGCGGGAGAGAAUCUCACUCUGAUCUGCUCUGUGACUGAGCUCGGUCCAAUGGGACCCGUGAAGUGGUUCAAGGGCUCGGGCAGUGGCCGCCAGCUCGUUUAUGCUCAGGUGGGAUCAUUCCCCCGGGUGACGCGGGCUGUGAAUGGCUCUGGCACAGACUUCACCAUCCGCAUCAGUGACACCCGCCCCGAGGACGCUGGGAUCUAUCGCUGUGUGAAGUUUGAGAGGGGGUCGGGAGCCGAUGAGGAGUUCAGAUCCGGCAAUGGCACUGUCGUGUCUGUGAGCGGUAGGUGGCCCUUAGCCAUCCCUGCUCUCUGGAUCGGGCUCUUCCUGGAGAAGGUGCUGAUUGCCGCCUUCCUCCUCUUCUCCUUCCUCUCCACGAUGAGCAAAGGCCCCGGGGCCGUUUCCUGGUUUUCUCGCACCAUCACCGCCUGCCAAGAUCUCUGUCUGUGCCUCUGUCCCCGCCGGCCAGGAAACGAGUCCACGGAUGCACCUGCAGUGAGCCCUGCUGGUCGGGCAGAGGGAGCCCAGGCCUGAUGGGAUGUACCCACCAAACUCACCCACCUCCUGAUGGAGCAGCUGACAGGGAAUUCCUGGCUUGGCUUCUGGCCCCUCCGCCCGUCUCUCGGCGCUAUCCGCACUGACCUUCACUUCAGGGAGCAGAGCUCAAAUAUGACAAAUUGAAUUAUUGAUUUUAUUCCUUUCAGAUGGGGUGAAAUGCAAUUUACUCCUGUGUAACACACCGUGCGGCUGUGACCCGGGGCCCCGCAGCAGAGGCCCUGAGUCCUGCGGGUUCGACCCUGACGCUCAGACUCUGGCUCCCUGGGCUGGCAGGAGCUGGGUGUUUUGCAGAUGUGACACCGUGACCUGAUUGGAGAGAACUAGACAUGUGCUGUCACCGCUGGGUCUGCCCUGACCAAUCACGGGAGCACCCUGGAGAGGGGGGUUUUAAACGAUAUCGUUCCCCGGGAAGAGGCCAUUGGGCCUGACUGUGGCGAUCACAACACACAUGUAAUAAAUGGAAGCCUCCCCCCGCCAUUAAUUACCCGCCUCUCUGUUCCGGGCAACCUCCGAAGAACAAACUCACUGCGCACGACUCCCUGGCCCCUUGGGCUGAUGCGAGCAGGGAGCCUCCUGCCUUCGUGAGCGCGCAGCGGGGAAUUCGGGAAUCACUUCCCUUUGAAAAUAAACCACAUCAAAGAGGGCUGCACUUACCAGGACAUGCCGAGUCCUUGGGCUGACCUACCACGGAGUCAGGGCUAAUUGUCCCAUGUAGUCAGUCAAGGACAAAAUCAAGCGUUCUCUAUGGGCAUAGGCUGGGGGGACUUGGACUGAGCAUUUCCUAGUGUUCUGAGAGCUGGGUUUGAUGCCCACAGUCCUGAAAGCCCUGGGGAGCGGGCGGUCCCUCUGCAGCAGCGACCUUAACUCCCCCUGAGUGAGGUGUCUGUAAGUGACGAGCUAAUGCAAUGGCUGAUCAGUGUGUUGCUGUCUGUAUUGCUUAUAAAGGACCACUGCUGUGCUGCGGGCUACUCGACUAA